GGUCCAGCCGGUCCCCGAGGUCUCCCUGGCCCCCCUGGUGCUCCUGGUCCUCAAGGUUUCCAAGGUCCUCCUGGUGAACCUGGCGAGCCCGGUGCUUCUGGUCCCAUGGGUCCCCGUGGUCCAGCUGGUCCCCCUGGCAAGAAUGGAGAUGAUGGUGAAGCUGGAAAGCCUGGUCGUCCCGGAGAGCGUGGUCCCCCCGGCCCCCAGGGUGCACGUGGUCUCCCAGGAACCGCCGGUUUGCCGGGCAUGAAGGGUCACAGGGGCUUCAGUGGUCUGGAUGGUGCCAAGGGUGAGCCUGGUCCUGCUGGCCCCAAGGGUGAACCCGGCAGCCCCGGGGAGAAUGGAGCUCCUGGGCAGAUGGGUCCUCGUGGGCUUCCCGGUGAGAGAGGCCGUCCUGGUCCAUCCGGCCCCGCUGGUGCUCGUGGCAAUGAUGGUGCUCCUGGUGCUGCUGGUCCUCCCGGUCCCACCGGCCCUGCUGGUCCCCCCGGCUUCCCCGGUGCUGCUGGUGCUAAGGGUGAAACUGGUCCCCAGGGAGCUCGUGGCAGUGAAGGUCCCCAAGGUGCCCGUGGUGAGCCCGGUCCCCCCGGCCCUGCUGGCGCUGCUGGUCCUGCUGGCAACCCCGGUGCUGAUGGUCAACCUGGUGCCAAGGGUGCAACCGGUGCUCCUGGCAUUGCUGGUGCUCCCGGCUUCCCCGGUGCCCGUGGUCCCUCCGGACCCCAGGGUCCCAGCGGUGCCCCCGGUCCCAAGGGUAACAGCGGUGAACCCGGUGCUCCAGGCAACAAGGGAGACACUGGUGCCAAAGGCGAACCCGGUCCUGCUGGUGUCCAAGGUCCCCCUGGUCCAGCUGGUGAGGAAGGCAAGAGAGGAGCUCGUGGUGAACCCGGCCCUGCUGGGCUUCCCGGCCCCGCCGGCGAACGUGGUGCUCCUGGCAGCCGUGGUUUCCCUGGUGCUGAUGGCAUCGCUGGUCCCAAGGGUCCCCCCGGUGAGCGUGGCUCCCCUGGCCCUGUUGGCCCCAAAGGAUCUCCUGGUGAAGCUGGACGCCCCGGGGAACCCGGUCUCCCCGGUGCCAAG